UAUUGCAGCGGAAAUAAAAAUUUAAUACGAUUAGAUAUAUUAUGUUGCUAGGGUUUUCCGGCUCAUUUUGCCGCCGCUCGGAGUCGGACAGCAGACAGAAGGAAGGUCGGAGAGCGAACUCUUAACUGACGCCAUGUCUCUGGUUGCGAACGAGGAUUUCCAGCAUAUUCUUCGUGUUUUGAACACCAACGUGGAUGGAAAGCAGAAGAUCAUGUUCGCCCUUACCUCGAUCAAAGGUAUCGGACGCCGCUUCGCGAACAUCGUAUGCAAGAAGGCCGACGUCGACAUGAACAAAAGGGCUGGCGAGCUCUCUGCUGCUGAACUUGAGAACCUUAUGACAGUUGUUGCGAAUCCACGCCAAUUCAAGAUCCCUGAUUGGUUUUUGAACAGAAAGAAAGAUUACAAGGAUGGAAGGUACUCUCAAGUUGUUUCAAAUGCCUUGGACAUGAAGCUGAGGGACGACCUUGAGAGGCUGAAGAAGAUAAGAAACCACCGUGGACUUCGACACUACUGGGGUCUUCGUGUCCGCGGCCAGCACACAAAGACCACUGGCCGGAGGGGAAAAACUGUAGGUGUCUCGAAAAAGCGAUGAGGUACAAAUCAUCUCAUGGUACUCGAGCCAUCUUUUGAACCCAUCUGGAGAACUCUAGCUUUAUAUUCAGUGUUGAACUAGAAUGCCAUUUACUUAUCUGGCUCUUCUUAGAUGACAAUUUUGUUUGCUUAAGCUUGAAUAUUUGUCUA